GCCAAGCGCGCCCGAGUGGCCGGCGGACUUGCAUGGCAUGCGGCUCGGUCACUGGGUCGACGUCAUGACGUCGGCGAGAAGUUACCGGCUGGUUCCGGCGGCCACCGUUGCCGCUGUCGAUGCAAUUCGAGCGGGUGAAGAAGGCGAUGGUUCUCUCGUGUCAGCAGCAACAACCAGUGGGCAAAUUGGUGCGUCGCCGGUGAGUAGCUUGGACAUCGGCCCUGUAGCGGAUACUACCCUCCGUCGUGAUGCGGUGCCAACCUCGGCAACGCUUGCCGCGGUCGAUUUGUCAACGGCCCAAGAAGCACAAGCAACAGCCACCCAGGAGCCCGAGGUCGCACCGGCAUCGGCUGACGACAUCGAGUCCCUUUGCGCUGCACCCGACAAUGUAAGCGGCGAAAACGAUGACGACGACACGAUGGAUGACGACGUCGGAGGCAUCGACGUCCAAGACGACGAAAACGAUUUUGCACUCGAGCCGUGGACACCGAUGGCAGCGGCCAGUGAACCCGCUGCCGAGUGGCCAGUGUCGAUGUGCAUCGGCACGGCCCCGCCACCCGUCGUCGACAACCAUGUCGCAUCACCGCGCCCAUCCGCAGCGACGACCCCCGUCGGCUCGCCAGCGCAUCCGGAGCCAUCACCAGCGAGCGCCUACGAGCCCGACGUCGGUGCGCCACCCGCUAUUCGCACUCGGUCUCCGCCGCUCGAAGCUCAUGUCGACGACCAGUCGACGCCCCUGCUCCAAGCGCUGGAGACCUUCAAGAUUAUCUACCACCAUCUGGAAGUGCCCCAGGACUUUGUCGUCGAAGCCAUGGAGCCCUGGCCAGCGUCCGUGCACGGCCUCCAACUCGGCGGCGUUGUCAUAUCCCUUCGCCUACUGACUCCGACCGGUCUCGCACCGUGGAUGGUGGCUCGUCUCGACGCUCUCGGCUUUGAGUGGACACCUCUAUGCUUUGACUUGGUCAACGGUGCCAUGCAGCAUCUCGCCGACGAGCACCCGGCGUACCCGCCAUUAUCGUUUGUUGUGCCGGCGCAGCCGCCGUGGCCGCAAGAUCUCUGGGACGUCGACUUGCUCCAGCUCAGCGCCAAACGUGAUGCGUGGCUUGCAGAGAUGGCGAUCCAGUAUAGCGAUAGCGCGUCUCUGGCACUGCUUCGGGUGCCGUCGAUCGAGCCGCUCGCAGUGACAUUCAACAAAGUCUACCCGGUGCAACUCGUGCUGCAGUGCAUUGAGGUGUACCAAGCACUGCACGGCCAAGCUCUCAUUCCGCUGCUUUUUCACGUCCCGCUGCGCGACGCCAAGUGGCCUCAGGAUGCGUCGUUGAUGCCGCUGGGGUACUUUGUCUGGGCGGCGCAGGACCAGUGGGCAAAUCUCGACCCGUUGGUGCGCAAUGCGAUCUCUGCGUUUGGUUUGUCGCCCGACGACGACAUGGACGACGGCUGCGCCAUCGACAACGACGAUUUGAUCGAUGGCGACGUUGGUGGCGAAGACUACAACGACCAAGACAUGGCUGGUCCCGUCAACAUCGACCCGAGAGACGAACUUGAUCGCCGAGUCUUUCGGGCAUGAAAAGCCAGCGUCUCCAUUGGCAACGCCAACAGUCCAGCAAGGACCACGCUUCUCACAAACGUACACUUGAAGAUGCCACAAACAAGACUAUUGCAUUAUCAUAGACAGA